AUGCAGUCCUCCGACCCCGGACACCUCUUCCAAACCUCCGCACAGCUGGCACAGGCUGCCACCCGUGAACGUAAGCUCAAAGCAGCCGAAAAAGUCGGCAACCCCAUCACCUUGUCCAGCAAGAUUAUCGACCUCCAGAUUCUUGCAAGUCAUGCUUUCACUGCAGAGAGCGGAUGGCAGGCUAGGCGGGUAGAUCUUCGUACGGGGAAAACGGUCAAGUUGUACAAGGGCCACCAAGGCCCUGUCACCAGUAUUGCCUUGACCAAAGUCACCGGAUCUGAUGGUAUCCCCUGGACGGCGCUGUUCACGGGAUCAUGGGACAAGACCAUCCGCGUCUGGAACGCCGACUCGGGCGAGCUCAUCCGUACCGUUCAAGGCCACAGCGACUUUAUCAAAUCCCUCACCCUCAUUCCCACACCUUCGCCCUUGCUGCUCUCAACCUCGUCUGAUCGGACGAGCCGGCUUUGGGAUGUUGCUUCCUUGUUGAAGAGCGAGGUGGAGGGUAAACCAGAGACGAGGCAGAUCAUCAAAGAUCAUACCCGCCCUGUCGAGUGUGCUGCGUGGAAAAACGAGCUCGACGCUGAGGGUCAGUCGACUGGCGUCUUGUCCGUCUGGACCGCCGACUCCCUAGGCGUCAUCAAGCAGUGGAUAGUCAAAGAUGAAGGACUUGAAUUUGUGCAUGAUGUCAAGGGACAUGAGACCAGCGUCGCGAGGCUGAUACCGGUAGAAGAUGGUCUAUGGAGUGUGUCCAUGGACAAGACUGCCAUAUUCCACCCCACCACCUCGUCCCCAAAGACAACCAUCCCUCACCCCUCCUACGUCAAAUCCAUCCUCCCCCUCACCGCUUUUCCUUUGCCCAAUGCUGCUUCGCUCGUCUUGACGGGGUCGGAAGAUGAAGACAUCCGGAUAUGGGAUGUGGAGGCGAAUCCUCCGAAACUCAGGGGGACAAUCCAAGGUCAUUGUGGAGAGGUGGCGGCGAUGCAGAGCUGGAUGAGAGAGACCAAUGGGCAGGCAGAGUUGGUUGUAGUCAGCGCGGGGUUGGAUGCGUCGAUCCGGACAUGGACUGUCAAGGACAUCCUGAACCCUCCGCCACUAGUGUACGAGGCUGAGGAAAAGCAGGAGGCGUCGGGGAUGACGGAAGAGGAGGAACGAGAGUUGGCAGAGCUCAUGUCUGAUGAGGAAUAA